UGAUUUAGGAUUAUGUAAAUCUGUAGAAUAUUUUCAAUCAUCUCAAAAAAAUGUUAUUUAUGAUGUUUUACCAUUUAUAACACCUGAAGUUUUAAGAGGUCAACCUUAUAAUUUUGCUAGUGAUAUAUAUAGUUUUUCUAUAAUUAUGUGGGAAUUUAUAUCUGGAGUUCCACCAUUUGAAAAUAAAGCUCAUGAUUUUCAGCUUGCUUUAAAUAUCUGUAAAGACCAACUAUACUAG